GGAAGAUGCGGUAAUUGACAAAUUAAUUGGAAUGAUGCAUUCUGAUGGUCUCUCUCGUUCACUUUGACAUGUGUGGCUCCACGCGCAAAUGACGUUUGCAGGUGACCCCUCAGAUCAGGGAAAAUUAAGGGAAUUCAUUUGAUUUAUUAUCUCUAAGGUGUGACAUACGGAAACAUGUACAAGGUGCAGCGUAGUCUACUCUCCCCCUUGAAUCUCGAAACAUUUCUCAAAAGAAGGUACAGAACACAAGGAGUGCAUGUUCGGUUUGCCCUGAGCCCAACAGGUUACCUGCAUCUCGGAGGCCUCCGUACAGCUCUGUGCAACAUGAUGCAACUAUUCAUUGGCUUGGGCAAACCUAGGAAAUUUCAUUCUACCCUUGAAAGACACGGAUCAAGCAGGACUCGUACCAGAUGCUACCGGAUAAGAAUCAUUAGGGCAAACACCGAAGCACGACAAGUGUGGACACCUGAGCAAAGAGGACUGGAGGAUAAAUUGGGGCGAGGAGAAUCUUACUGCUUCAGAUUUGAGGUACGAGAAGGAUGUUUGGCUGUCGAUUCGACUCUGAGAGGAUAUCUGGGUUCAUCGUACAGCCGAGUAUACGCAUAAAGCAUAAUUGUAGGCGCCACAGAAAAACGAGACGGUUGUAGGCAAGGUGUCUUAUGAAAAUAACAGUGUCUUUCAUGAAUAAUAUAAGCAUGAUGUUAAUUCAGGUUUCAGUUUUUUAUUUCGUAUACAGGGAUGCUCAAAUCAGAGCAGAAGACUGCGGUGAUGAGGUUGUACUGGAGGAACAACUGCCGCCUCUCCUUCAACUCGAAGAUUUGAUUCGCAAAAUCCUGAGCGGAGGAUGAUGAACUGAUUUUUGUGUGCUAUUCAUCCGGUAUCAUCCACACACGUUGGAAAAAGUCUAGUAAGAGUAUUUCUUUAUCGAAUUAAAGAUUGGUAUCCUACAAGCGACUGGGUGAAGAAAAUUAUACAAUUUCCUGCUCGCUGGUUUGCCGUUCCGAGAAGAGAAGGUCGUUGACAAGAUUCAGGACGACUUGGCCGUCUCGGAAAGCGACGAGGACACUCAGAAUAAUCCGUUGGAAACAAAACCAGAAAUGGACGCACAACCGGACGAAGAUGAGGGAGGAGAUUUGUGGUUCUGAUUCGUGACUAGUUCGAAAAGACAUCUCUUGUCGCGUCGCUUGACGAGGGCGGGCUACAGCAAUUGGUGGCAAUCGGCCAUUCAAAAAUUUCAUUUCAUUCAAAAAUUGAGAACGCUGAACUGCGUAUGUUGACACCGUAGAUCUCCACGCACCUAUCACAAGAUGUGGUCGAUGAUAUUAUUACAAUCAAAGUGUACAUAUCCCAAUUAUAUCUGCUGAUCAUUGGAUUCAUAAUAUUGUGAAGAUAAUAUCCUCGUUGGGAUUGACGUGGAGAUUCAAAGUGGCUCAGAUGAGCCGUAGUGAUAUUGUUGAGAUAAAGCUAGGAGAUAUACUAAUCAAAUUAACCGAUCAGAUGUAGAGCGUGAGGUGUAAAAAUAUAUGAACAUACAGUAGCAAAAGACAAAUAUACAAUUUUUAUCGAGUAAAUGAAAAAAUAUGAAUAACUUUACAAAUAAUUUUUCGAAUCAGAAAAAUCCAUAUUCCCCCCAUACAUGUGAAUAUAUCAAUCUAAUAAAGAACGGAACUGUGAGGAGAUAACGAUUACUCUUUCGUUUUCCGGGAGUUGCAUUAAUAUACAGAUUCAUUUAUAGUUCCGAUGUAUUCGACUCAAUUGUACAGUUAUUAUCUACCCAUGUAAAUAUAUUGUGGCAA